CAUCUGAUGGCCAUUUGCUCUCCAGGUUCUUCUUGAUAAAAGCCUUAAAAAAUCCGUUUGUGAUCUGAGGAUGAUAACCACGAUGAAUCUACUGAUGGAGAUGACACGAAAACCAGAGAAUCCUCCCCUCUCCAAGGAUUUCCCUAUGUCUGCAAUCUGCAAGUCCCUUGCAAAACGAGCUUUAAUGGCGUAUGGGAAAGAAUCUCCAAUUUUCCUUAAUUCCUCCGUGGUGAAGAGCAACAUUCAAGAAUUUAGCUUAUCUUUUGACGCCGUCAAACAACACAUCGAAUUGUUCUUCCGUCAAAAUCAUCCACCCGCCUGGAAUCCCAUUCCAACUCAGAUGAAGAUUUGGGCAGCCCAAAUGAACCGCUUGUACAGCUUCGGGUCAGACACUCGGAAAGUACUCAGUAACGCCAAUGUAGGUACCGGAGUUCCCCAACAGGGGGAGAACAGCACCACUGGAGGUCGGAACCCUCCCAUCACCACCGGGGAGGCUGAGGCCCUCAUUCAGAGGGUUGGCAUCACGGCCGAACAAUUCAAAGAGGUGCUGGCUGCACUUGAACUUGCGCCCAACCGCGAUGUUGUGGUGGAAGAUGUUGCUGGGGGACCCACAGGCGGGAAGGCAAGGCAGGACCUACGGGCUCCCAAGGAAAAAAGAAAAAAGCUGGAAGAAGAGGACGACUCGUCCUCCUUCGAGCGAAUGUCUGCUUUUGACCGCUUGGGAGACGCCAAGUCAAAGAAGCCUCGGACCUCUGCGUUCGAGCGGCUGCAGGACACUCGGUCGGCCCGAAAAGGCGACUUGAGGGACACGCUCAAGGAGAAGAGAGGGGAGUCCACAGCGACCUCCAAGGUCGGUUCUGAGGAGCGACGGACGACCGAUAAGGGCGCAGCUGAGCUGUGGAAAAUGUACGAACAACUGGAGAAGCGGCUGGACGCCCAAAACCCUUAUCGCCAAGCGGUCUUCAGUGAGGUAACGCCCUUCUCCAGAAGGAUAAUGUCCUGCCCUCUCCCGGAUAAUUUCAAGACUCCCCAAAUCAAGGCGUACAACGGGACGACCGAUCCCCAAGACCACCUCGCUCGCUUCGGGGCCAACGUGGUCAUCUAUGCAGCGGUCGGGUACCCUCAAACCAAUGGACAGGUCGAGAACACCAAUCGCACCAUCAUGGACGGUCUCAAGAAGAAAAUAAUGGAAUGCAAAAGUGCCUGGGUGGAGGAAUUGCCCUACAUCUUGUGGACCUACAGGACUACCCCAAGGAAGGCCACAGGUGAAACUCCUUUCUCGCUCACAUAUGGAUUUGAAGCAAGGGCUCCAGCAGAGACCUCAUUGUUGAGCUAUAGAGUGGAGACGUUUGAUGCACAAGAGAAUGAGGAGAACUUGAGGGCAGAACUGCACCUCGUUGAUGAGCGAAGGGAAAGGGCAUACAUGCGAGCAGAAAAUUACCGCCGACAGGUCAAGUCAUAUCACGACCAGCGGGUACGACCAAGGAAGUUCCAGGUGGGUGACUGGGUCCUUCGGAAAAGGGAAGUCAGCCGAUCGACCGAUAAAGGGAAGUUUGCUAAAAGUUUCGAGGGGCCAUACAUCAUAAAGGAGGUUUUGGCUGAUGGGACGUUUAGAUUACAAACUCCAGCCGGAGGCGACGUUCCUCGAGUGUGGAAUGCCGCCAACCUUGUUAAAUUCUAUCAGUAGAUUGUAUCCCGGCUAUGUCUCUAUCUUGUCUUCAACAUCCUCUCUCCAAGAUCCGUUCUCAAUUUUUCUCACGGAAUUGAUUUUCUUCUUGAUAACAAAGAUUAAUAGUUCCUUAUAAUUAAUGAGUUCCCAAUUAGAGAGGUACCGGAAAAAGAGAUCAGAGAAGAGUAGUGAGGAUUGGGGCUACUAUUCCUGGCGACGACUUUCCCCUGAGAGCCGGCGGAGGUAGCGAUUGGCUUUUUGAGCGGUGGCGGCUGCUCUAACGAAGACGAUGGUGGCUCUCGGUGGAAGCCAUGGUGGCUACUAGGUCGGCGAGUCCUGUGCGGCGGCAGCAGUCCUCCGAUGCGGUGCAACGACAGCGACUUGAACUGCGCUUCGAUUCAACAGCUUGUUAGGAAUUACGAUAACAAAGGAUUGACAGAUGAGUUUGUAAUUGCAUUUUAUGCACAUUUAUGUUCUAGUCAUUGUUUGUGCAGUGAUCUUUGAGUUCUUCACCGAGCGUUUAAUUUCGCAUGGUGCACAUUUAUGUUGCAUU